ACAAUUUCACGAUGCGCUAGCGAUGAAAUUCUUGGCCCAUUAUUUGAACAUUAUUUAGCUGUCCUUUUUGAUUUAGAAGUAACUUUUCCAUUACCUAUGGAAACCACUGGGGAUUCGAACGCAGUGCAAACGAGUGAAGAACCAGACAAUAUGCAGGUUGAAGAUGAUCUAAAUAGUGAUGAUCAAAAUGGUUCCCAAUAUAAUGACAACAAAUUACAAAAUUCAUCGAUUAAAAGGAAGCCCGAAACUAAAGAUACUAAAGAAAUCAGAGAAUUAUGGAAACAAAAAUUAGAAGACAUGUAUUAUAAUUCGAUUUAUGAUGAAAAAAACAUUAAAGGAAUAAAAGAAUUGUGA